CGCAGCAGGAACGACAACAACAACAAAAUUACGCGAUAAACAAAACGAAGCCGAUUUUGUGGCAAAUUAAACGCAAUGAGUGUGGCAAACACCACAGCAGCAUCCCAGGAUGCCUGCUACAUAUCGCUACUCGGACUUGCCGAAUACUUUCGUACCUCCCAGCCGCCAAAUAUCAAAAAAUGCAUACAAUGUUUACAGGCCCUGUUCACUUUUCAACCGCCUUCCAAGGUGGAGGCGCGCACACACCUACAGAUGGGCCAAGUGCUGAUGGCGUACACAUGCAACAUAGAUUUGGCGCGUCGCCAUUUGGAACAGGCGUGGAGCAUUUCCGAGCCCCUAAUGAACUUUGAUGACGUCAAAUUUGACACUGCCUCGCUGUUGGCCCAGCUCCACCUGAAAACGGAGCAGAGUCCGCACGCCAAGGCGAUGCUGCGCCGGGCAGUGGAACUGUCGCAAAACAAUGUCUACUGGCAUUGUAAGCUGCUACUGCAGCUCUCCCAGAUUCAUGCCAAUGAUCGGGAGUACUCGCUAGCCAGCGAUCUGCUAGCGGUGGGCGCCGAGUCAGCGGAGGAGGCGGGCGCCACCUAUCUGAAGGUGCUGUUUCUACUCUCACGCGCCAUGAUCCUAAUGAUUGAGCGCAAGACGAACGAUGUUCUGGCGCUGCUCAAUUCAGCGGGUCAAAUUAUCGACAAUAAUAUACCCAAUCCGCAUCAGAAGGAGUAUCUCAAGGUGUUCUUUCUGGUGUUGCAAGUGUGCUACUAUUUGGCACUCGGCCAGGUGAAGACGGUGAAGCCCAGCUUGAAACAGCUCCAGAUGUCCAUACAGACGAUAAUGGCGCCCAAUUGGCCCAGCGAUGAGAGCAUAUUCGGUGGCAAUCAACUGGAGAUGUUUGUCUGGCUGCCCAAGGAGCAGCUAUAUGUGCUCGUCUAUUUGGUCACCGUUUCGCACUCGAUGAUGGCCGGCUACAUGGACAAGGCGCAAAAGUAUACGGAAAAGGCGCUCACCCAAAUCGAGAAACUCAAGCUGCAGGAGGACAAAUCCAUAUUAUCCGUCUUCAAGGUCAUCCUGCUCGAGCACAUCGUCAUGUGCCGCAUGGUCAUGGGCAACCGUGAGCUGGCCAUACGCGAGAUAGCCGCUGCCCGAGAUGUUUGCCUGGCGGUGCCGCAUCGCAGUCUCCUCAAGCGGCACUCGGCGCAGUUGCAUUGCCUCAUUGGCCUCUAUUCGAUGUCGACGAGCUUCUUUGAGCAUGCGGAACGACAGUUUCUGGUGUGCGUGAACGAGACGGGCGAACGGGAUCUGAAGCUGUUUGCCAAUCUCAAUCUGGCCAUCAUUUAUCUGCGCACCAAACGGGAUGCAGAUCUGAAGCAAAUACUCGACGCCGUAUCCACGGAAAAUACGCACACGUACAGCAGCCAGGCACUAAUGGGCGGAUUCUACUACGUGCAGGGUCUGCAUGCCUUCCACAAGAACAGCUUCCACGAGGCCAAACGCUUCCUGCGCGAAACACUGAAAAUGGCCAAUGCCGAGGAUUUGAAUCGGUUGACCAGCUGCUCACUGGUGCUGCUCUCCCAUGUCUUCCUGAGCAUUGGUAACUCCAAGGAGAGCAUGAAUAUGGUGACGCCUGCAAUGCAAUUGGCCAGUAAAAUACCUGAUAUACAUGUACAGCUGUGGGGCUCGGCGAUACUGAAGGAUCUGCAUCGCAUGUCGAAGGAUGUGCAGCACGAGAAGGAGGCGUAUGCCAACCAUGUGAAAUACUCAGAGAACCUGAUUGCCGAUCAGCGCAAGUGCGUCCAGAGUGCGCAUCACGAGCUGGUCAAUUGGUUUCAAGGCGAUCCGCCGUUGACAAGCGGCGCAUCCCUCACUCAUCUGCCCGUCGCUGCUGCCGCACCGGAGGCGUCCACAUCGUCGCUGCAAGCAUCGACAGCGCAAUUCGGACAAUUCUACUAACAGAUGACAACCAGUUGCCCGUAUCGAUUCAUAAGCAUUUUAAUAACUACACUUGUAAGCUACAAUUAAAGACUAAGUAAAUUCUA